UGUCCUUUGCAGCAGCCGCCGCGAAUAGAGAAACGAGCUGCUGGAGAUGUAAACAGAUUCCGCUGUCAUCCAUUCAAACAACGCGAGAUGAUAUGGUGGAUAUUCUUAGCUCUGUGGGAAAUGUUAUGAGAGGAUACAUCACCGCUAGUCAUACUCUGUCUUUCUAGAAUGGUCGUUGUUUACGGUCUCAGUUUUUCACAUGCCAGUAAUCCGGUUAGAAGAGAUGUAUUGUUAUAGCUGUCCACGGCUGCUAGACAGCUAGCCUAGCUCGUUGCGCCGUAGGAGAGCGGCCGACCUUGACCAGAUGGAUAUCACGAGACUCGCUGUGGAUGCGGGCGCGUUUAUCAACCGAGCAGUUCAGUAUACAGAGGAAGCUCUGGGGCAGGCUGAGAAGACAGAGUUGGACAGCCGGUUGGAGAGUCUCCUGGACAGAGCAGAGUCCACUAAGACCUGGACUGACAAAAUCAUCUCACAGACUGAGACUUUACUGCAGCCUAACCCUGGAGCUCGUUUAGAGGACUUGUUGUAUAAGGGUCUGGAUUGGAGCGCCCCUGAGAGGCCAACCCCCCACGAGCUGCUGAGUGAAAACAUGAUGGACGCUGCUCUGGAACUGGGGAGACACACACCCUACGGUAGUACUCUGAUUAAGUGUGGGGAGUUGGAGAGGCAGAUCGGGGUGGCGAACAAGAAGCUCAUCCAGAGUACAGACAUCAACUUCCUGUCUCCUCUACGAAGGUUUACUGACCAGGAAUACACAGUUAUACAGAAUGAGCGCAGGCAGCUGGUGAAUAAGCGGUUAGAUCUGGACAUUGCAAAGGCCAGACUGAGAAAGGCACAGGAAGCAGACAGCGAGGCCCGGGGUCUAAAUGCUAACCCAUUAGGAGAGGAGUAUGUAGCUCAUGUCUCCUACAUGUUCAGCUUCCUACGAGUCAGAUGGCUGAAGAUGUGGGCCCAGGAAGUCUCUCAGGCUGAGAUGGAGCUGAGGAUCUCUCAGUGUGUGUUUGACCGACAGUCAGAGAUCACCAGACUACUGCUGGAGGGAAUCAACACUACACAUGCUGCCCAUUUGAGAAGUCUGUAUGACUUUGUAGAAGCCCAGGGUAGCUACUACGCUCAGUGUUACCAGCUCACACAGGACCUACACACCCAACUGGCCAGCGCUCCCCCUCUGAUCUGCUACAAUAACAACUGGCACUUAGAAACUAACCAACCCUCCACAGGUAACCUGCCCUUAGCAACCAUUCAGCCCCUAGCAACCUGUGACUCUUCAACAACCAACCAGGCAACUAGCCAACCCUUAGCAACCAACCAGGCAACUAGCCAACCCUUAGCAACCAACCAGGCAACUAGCCAACCCUUAGCAACCAACCAGGCAAACAGCCAACCCUUAACAACCACCCAGCCCUUAGCAACAUGUGAGUCUUCAACAACCAUCCAGGCAACUAGCCAACCCGUAGCAGCCAACAAGGCAACUAGCCAACCCCUAUCAAGCAACCAGGCAAACAGCCAACCCUUAGCAACCAACCAGGCAGCCAACGAGUCCUCAAAAACCAACAAGUCCUCGACAACCAAUAAGUCCUUGACAAACAACCAGACAAGCAGCCAACUCUUAGCAACCACUGGAUCCUCUACAACCAACCAGGCCUCGACAAUCAUCCAGUCAAACAGCCAACCCCUAGGAACCAACCAGGCAACCAGCCAACCCCUAGAAAUCAACCAGGCAACCAGCCAACCUCUACAAACCAACCAGGCAACCAGCCAAUCCCUACAAACCAUCCAGGCAACCAAUGAGUCCCCAACAACCAAUGUGUCCUCAUCAACCAACCAGGCAACAAACCAACCCCUAGCAACUAACCAGCCCUUGACCACCAACCAGGCAACCAAACAAUCCCUAGCAACCAACCAGGCACCCAGUCAAUCCUUAGCAACCAUUGAGUCCUCACCAAUCAACAAGUCCCCGACAAACGACCAAGCAACCAGCCAACCCUUGACAAUCAACCAGGCAACCAGCCAACCAUUAGCAACCGAUGAGUCCUCAACCACCAACCAGGUAACUAACCAACCCUUACAAACCAACCAGGCCAGCAAUGACUUCCCAAUAAUCAACGAGUCCUCAACAAUCAACCAGGCAACCAGCCAACCCUUAACGACUUACCAGCCCUCGACAACUAACCAGGCAACCAGCCAAUCCUUAGCAACUAACCAGGUCCCCAGCCAACCCUUUACAACCAGCUGGGAAUCUUUCAAACCCUUAGCAACCAAUGACUCAUCAACAACCAACGAGUUCUCAACCACCAACCAGACAACUAGCCAACCCUUAGCCACCAACAAGGCAACCAACCAGACAACCAAUGUGUUCUCAACAACUAAUGAGUCCUCGACCACCAACCAGGUAACUAACCAGCCCUCGACAACCAAUCAGGUAACCAACCAAUCUCUAGCAACCUACCGGACAAACAGCCAACCCUUAGCAACCAAAGAGUCGUCAACAAACAACGAGAACUUGACAAACAACCAAGCAACCAGCCAACCCCUGACAUCCAACCAGGCAACCAGCCAACCCCUACAAAUCAACCAGGCAACCAAUGAGUCCCCAACAACCAAUGUGUCCUCAUCAACCAACCAGGCAACAAACCAACCCUUAGCAACUAACCAGCAUAUGACAACCGACCAGGCAACCAGUCAAUCCCUAGCAACUGACCAGGCACCCAGUCAAUCCUUAGCAACCAUUGAGUCCUCACCAAUCAACAAGUCCACGACAAACAACCAAGCAACCAGCCAACCCUUGACAACCAACCAGGCAACCAACCAACCGUUAGCAACCGAUGAGUACUCAACCAUCAACCAGGUAACUAAUCAGGCCAGCAAUGACUUCCCAAUAAUCAACGAGUCCUCAACAACCAACCAGGCCACCAGCCAACCCUUAACGACUUACCAGCCCUCGACAACUAACCAGGCAACCAGCCAAUCCUUAGCAACUAACCAGGUCCCCAGCCAACCCUUUACAACCAGCUGGGAAUCUUUCAAACCCUUAGCAACCAAUGACUCAUCAACAACCAACGCGUUCUCAACCACCAACCAGACAACUAGCCAACCCUUAGCCACCAACAAGGCAACCAAUGUGUUCUCAACAACUAAUGAGUCCUCGACCACCAACCAGGUAACUAACCAGCCCUCGACAACCAAUCACGUAACCAACCAAUCUCUAGCAACCUACCGGACAAACAGCCAACCCUUAGCAAACAAUGAGUCGUCAACAAACAACGAGAACUUGACCAACAACCAAGCAACCAGCCAACCCUUGACAUCCAACCAGGCAACCAGCCAACCCCUACAAAUCAACCAGGCAACCAAUGAGUCCCCAACAACCAAUGUGUCCUCAUCAACCAACCAGGCAACAAACCAACCCUUAGCAACUAACCAGCAUAUGACAACCGACCAGGCAACCAGUCAAUCCCUAGCAACCAACCAGGCACCCAGCCAAUCCUUAGCAACCACUGAGUCCUCACGAAUCAACAAGUCCCCGACAAACAACCAAGCAACCAGCCAACCCUUGACAAUCAACCAGGCAAAUAGCCAACCGUUAGCUACCAAUGUGUCCUCAACCACCAACCAGGUAACUAACUAACCCUUACAAACCAACCAGGCCAGCAAUGACUUCCCAAUAACCAACAAGUCCUCCGCAACCAGCCAACCCUUAGCGACUCACCAGCCCUCGACAACUAACCAGGCAACCAGCCAAUCCUUAGCAACUAACCAGGUCCCCAGCCAACCCUUUACAACCAGCUGGGAAUCUUUCAAACCCUUAGCAACCAAUGACUCAUCAACAAGCAACGAGUUCUCAACAACUAGCCAACCCUUAGCCCCCAACCAGACAACUAAUGUGUUCUCAACAACUAAUGAGUCCUCGACCACCAACCAGGUAACUAACCAGCCCUCGACAACCAAUCAGGUAAUCAACCAAUCUCUAGCAACCUACCGGACAAACAGCCAGCCUUUAGCAACCAAUGAGUCGUCAACGAACAAUGAGAACUCAACAAACAACCAAGCAACCAGCCAACCCUUGACAACCAACCAGGAACUCAUCGAACCCUUAGCAACCAACAAGUCAUCAACCACAAACCCGGUAACCAACCAACCCUUACAAACCAACCAGGCAACAGACAUCCCUUGAUAAGCCACCAGGAAACCAUCAAACCCUUAGCAGCCAAUGAUUGCUCAACAAUCAACGAGUCCUCGACAACCAACGAGAACUCGACAAACAACCAACUCUCAACAACAAACCAGCCCUUAGAAACCAGCCAGUCAACCGGUCAGCCUGCUGGUGGUCCUGUAGCUGACUGAACAGUCUGACUGUGGAACUGUUUGUAUGAAUAGCGUGCGUUUAUACUGUGGGUUUGAGUUGUGAACAUCUCCUCUCUGCCAAAACAUCAGCUACCAUGGCUAGUUCCUAAAUGAAGGCUCUGACCUAAAGCACGAAGGAAAAUAGGGUGUCACUUCAGAUUGGUCCAAUGUCGUAGUGGUGAAGGGCAACACAGCUAUAGGGGCCGUCUAUGAACUGUAGCAGGCUUGUAUUGACCAUUCACCAGUGUUGUUGUUGGACCCAGCAGGACACAAGCGUACGGGCUAAUCCAGGAAGAGUAAGAGGACGUGCUACUAUGAAGUCAUCAGUGGGAGGAAUGUCUUAGAUGUUAUCUACUGUCCUGUCAUAACCUGUAUGUGUCUAUCAAAGCAUCCAUGUACUCUUUAAGGGAGUUACGUAUACAGGCCUGAAUGUAUGUAUAUGGUGGUGAUCUAUAGUAUGUGCAGGUUAUCUGGAUGUAUAUGUAUGUAGGUUACUGUAUAUGGUGGUGUAGAUCUAUAUGGUUGUUAUAGACUGUGUCUAUUUGGAGACUUAGAAAUGGAGGAACACUGACACCUGUGUUUACAUGAUGUCUUGUGUCGUCUGAAAACAGUUUGUGUGAUCGAGAGGUGACAUUUUGUUGCAAAUGUAACACGUGUGUGUGUGUGUGUGACCCUUCACCUCUAUAGGGUGAGGUCAUUUUCCAUAUGGCAACAUGUCGUGCUUAUUCCAUAGUAUUAAACAUAUACACACACACUUACAGCCUUGAAUAUAGGCCCACCAGGCUAAACCGUGUAAAUGUUUCUGUCUACAGAUGUUUUCAAUUGACCCUGCCUGACAGGACAGCUAUACACUCACUCUCACACUCACACACACACACACGACAGCCCCGCCUCAAUCUGCUGGUGCUGAUGUCUACAUGGUUACUCUGGGUUACUGGGACACACACAACACACACACAUUAACUAUUGAGGUUAACUUGGCAGGGUUGUUUCAGUGACAUUAUAAUGUUGUUUAAUUAUUAACUCUGAUCAUAUUAGAUCGUCUGGCAUUAUUUAUAAUCAUAUUAAACAGAUAAUGAGG